GCAGGAGAAUGGUAGUGCAAAGAUUAAAUUAUCUACAUCACUCUUCGGGGAAUUCCUAAACAUGCAUCAACAUAAUUUCUAGGCUACACCGUUGGAAAUUCCCCCGUAAAGAGAUGCAUGUGAGACUGAUUGAUAACGAGUGAAUGCAGGAAAAUAGCAUGGGAAUUCCGAUGUUACCAUUAGUACGAUCCACCGACUGUAUUGAUAGCACAUCAUCAAUAAACUCAUGCAGUUCAAACGACUAUAAAUGAUCGAUCCUUUUCCAACUGGAGUAUCAAAGUCAAUCGCGAUUCAGUGCAAUCCACAGUUCAUACACUAAGUGAUAGUUUCAAAAUUAUAAAUCCAUACAAAAUGAAAUUCUUCGCUGUUUUCGCUCUUAUCGCCAGUGCCAUCGCUGCCGUGAGUUGUGCGCCGCAGUUUGGUUUCGGAACGUCCGGUGCAGGAGCCCAAGCUGCGUCCCAAGGAAUGGGAAUGGGAGGCUUUCCUGGCAUGGGAGGCGGUAUGAGUGCUUCCAACGCUAAUGCUGGUGCCCAGAGCACGGGCAUGGGAGGAUUCCCCGGUAUGGGCGGUGGCAUGAGUGCUUCGAACGCUAAUGCUGGUGCCCAAGGCAUGGGCAUGGGAGGACCUUUCGGCGGAAUGGGAUCAUCGAUGGCGAAUGCAGGAGCCCAAGGAAUGGGUCAAGGAUUCGGUGGAUAAACCUUCGUUCGUUUGGCAGAGUCCUUCAGAUGUUCAAAUUAGAUAGCUAGCCGAAUGUAAAUAAUAAUAAUAAAUACGUAAAAUU